GCCUCAUCUGUUGAGGUUGUUGUGUGGGGGCCAUUUACAAGUAACGCGGUGCCUUGAGCGUAAAAGUUUGCCGGGAUGUGGGCCAGACUCCAUCUCCCACAAUGCAUUGGCGCGCAGCCGCUCCUGCUUGCUUUCUCUUUCUGCAUGCCUUUGCGUGUGUGCGCGUGUGCGCGCGCGUGCGAGAGAGAGAGAGAGAGAGAGCAAGCAGCUCCGGCACGGCAUCCUUUUGCGGCCAGGCGGCGCGUGAGCUCGACUCACCCCCGCGGUGCUUUACGGGCCAGCAUGGAACCGCGCAGCGCGCGUUUUCGGGGGCGGGCGCAGGAGGCGACGGGGAGCGUAAAACCGAGACGCUCGGAUUUGGGUCGUCGCCGCGCCUCUUGAGAACGGCUCGCGUUUUUUUUGUGGUGGCAGCUUUUGCCUUUGCGUGGGUUCCUUCUAUCCGUCUUCUUUGAAGCGACGUCGUUCCGUCGCAGCGAUGCGGGCCGCUCGGCGCUGAUCGCGGCUCCGUUCAAGAUGAAGAAGCAGUUCAAUCGGAUGAGGCAGCUUGCCAACCAAACGGUGGGAAGGGCUGAAAAAACCGAGGUGUUCAGCGAAGACCUCUUGCAGGUGGAGAAGCGUCUGGACCUGGUCAAACAAGUGACGCACGGCACCCACAAGAGGCUGACGGCCUGCCUGCAGGGUCAGCAGGGGCUCGACGUGGAGAAGAAAUCCGUCAAGUCGCCACCUAAAAAGCUGCCACUCAGCAUCCUGGCCCAAAGCCUGCUGGAGGGAGCCGCCUUGUUGGGAGAUGACUCGCUCUUGGGGAUGAUGCUGAAGACGUGCGGCGAGACGGAGGAGAAGUUGGCCCGGGAGCUGGUGGACUUUGAGUUGCGGAUCGAGCGAGACGUGGUGGAGCCGCUGUACGCGCUCGCCGAGGUGGACAUCCCCAACAUCCAGAAACAAAGAAAGCACUUGGCCAAACUGGUCUUGGACAUGGACUCGUCGCGAGCAAGAUUCCAGCAGUCGUCCAAGUCGUCCGGCCACCCCGGCGCCCUCCAGCCCGGCGCCAAGUCCGAGUCGCUCCGAGAGGAGAUGGAGGAGGCGGCCACUCGGAUGGAGAUCUGCAGGGAUCAGCUCUCGGCCGACAUGUACGGCUUUGUGGCCAAAGAAAUGGACUACGCCAAUUACUUCCAGACCCUCAUCGAGACGCAAGCCGAACAUCACAGGAAGUCGCUGGAGAUUCUCAACGCCAUCCUGCCCCAAAUGAAGGCGCACCAAGAGGCGUGGGCGGAGAAGCCGUCGUUUGGCAAGUCUCUGAGGGAGCACCUGAACGUCAGCGGGCGGGAGAUCGCCUUCCCCAUCGAAGCCUGCGUCACCGUGCUGCUGGAGUGCGGCAUGCGGGAGGAGGGCCUCUUCCGAGUGGCUCCGUCGGCCUCCAAGCUGAAGAAGCUGAAAGCCUCCCUGGACUGCGGCGUUCUCGACGUGCAGGAGUACUCGUCCGACCCGCACGCCAUCGCAGGCGCUCUCAAAUCGUACCUGCGCGAACUCCCCGAGCCGCUGAUGAGCGCCGAGCUUUACGACGAGUGGAUCCAGGCCUCCAACAUUCAAGAUAUGGACAAGAGGCUCCGAGCGUUGAUGGCAGCGUGUGAGAAACUGCCCACGGAUAACUUCAACAACUUUAGAUAUGUGGUGAAAUUCUUGUCCAAACUGAGCGAGUACCAGGACGCCAACAAGAUGACGCCGGGCAACAUGGCCAUCGUCCUGGGCCCCAACUUGCUGUGGACGCACGCCGAGCCGGACGUGACGGAGAUGAUGACCACGCUGUCGCUGCAGAUCGUCGGCAUCAUCGAGCCCAUCAUCCAGCACGCCGAUUGGUUCUUCCCUGGAGAGAUGGACUUCAACGUCAGCGGCAGUUACGGCAGCCCCGUCCACGCCAACCACAACUGCAACUACAGCUCGAUGCCGUCCCCCGACAUGGAGCGGUCGGAACGCAAGCAGCCGCACCACGACCAGAGCCGACGCCCCCUCAGCGUUGCCACCGACAACAUGAUGCUGGAAUUCUACAAGAAGGACGGCAUUAGGAAAAUCCAAAGCAUGGGCGUGCGAGUCAUGGAUACUUCGUGGGUGUCGCGCAAGGGAUCGUCCGCGCCGGCCCGCAAGACCUGCUCCACCCCUGCGGGCGCCGACUCGCUCGCCACCACCGAGCCGGCCGGAGACUUUGCCCCCUCGCCGGCCGCCACACCGCCCCCUGCGGAAAGGAUCGGCUCAGACGCGUCGCCCAAUCGGCCGGAGGCCUCCCACGCCCACCCGCCGCCCCCCUACCCCGCCGCCUCCCACCACCAGCACCACUUCUACCCCAAGCCCCCUCCCUGCGCUCGUCCGGUGGCCCCCGGCCCCGAGUCGCAGCCCCCGGCCUCGCCCCCGCCGCAGCGCUGGUCGGGCUUCACCCCGCCAGCGCCGCCCCCCCCGCCGCCGCCGCCGUCCUCCUCCUCUUCCUCGUCGUCCUCGUCGCUCGACAUCAAUUCCAACCCCAAGCCCAGCUGCCUGCACUUCCCCAAGCACAGCCCGCCCGGCGACGGUUCGCGGGUCCCCCCGCCCGACACUAACGCAUCGGCGCUCUACGUCAAAGCCCCCCCGGUGCUCGCCCGCCACGAGCCGUCGCCGGGCAACCCCCCUAGCCUCCCUUCCUGCGCGCCCCCGCCCCUCCCGUGGGCCACCUGUCCCUGCGCCAGAGAGAGAGGACUCCCCCGGCUGACUAGCUCGCCGAAGGGGAACGAGCUGUCCCCCGUCGUCGGCUACAAGGGCGUCCAAGCGGCCGGUCCGACGGCGCCCCCUAACCACAGUCCGCCGAGCAGCGGUCAGUGCCCCCGCCCCGCGGAGCGCAAAGGUUGCAAAAAGUUGGCCCCCGUGCCUCCCAAGGUGCCGUACUGCCAGUCGGGCUCCGCGGGUCAGCCGUCGCCGGUCAGCCUGUCGCCCACCCCGCCCGGCACCCCCUCCCCUUACGGAUUGCUCUGCGGCAGCCCGGGCCAGUCGCUGCCCCCUUCGUCCCCGGCUCGGACCCCUCCGGCGGCGCCCCGCUCCCUUUCGUCCCCGCCCUCGCUGACGGGGACGCUCGGCAAAGCGCGGCCCGCCCCCAAGCCCAGGCAGAGACCCAGCCUGCCCCCGCCGCAGCCGCCCAGCAUCCCCGUCGGGUUCGCCGGCCAGGCCCCGCCGCCCCCGCCUCCGCCCCCGCCCCCGCCGCCGGAGCAGGGCCUCGCGGAUGGACUGUCGCCGGGGGAGAGCACGUCAACAGACAUCUUCAGCUACGAGAUCCCCUCCAUCAACGUCAAUCUGGACAGCCUCAUCGACGAGUUCAGCGGCGCCCCCUGCAGGAGGUCCCCGCCCGCCACCGAGGAGGAGCGCCUGGCGACCGUUCUAUGAUCGCCGCCGAAGGCCCGAGGGGGAAAACGCGCCGCUUGGCCUCAUCCAUUUCAAUUUGAAAAAAACUCGGGACAAAGCCACGCCUUGGGGAGGGAAAUGCGGAUUCCAGCGCGCUCCUUCUUUUUUGCUUUGUUGAAGAGUGCUCUCGCCGUGCUCUGUCGAUGCCUCUUUUUGCUUUGCCUUCGACGCCAUUUCGUUGUAUGCUGAGGAUUUUGCUUGCAUUGAGCGUGACGUGAAUGUGAUGAAUUUGCCGUGGGGGCUCAUCUUUGAUGCGCAUCAGGUUGAUUUCCUCAAGUAGUGGCCGAUUCAUUUUCUCGGGAGGCGUCGAUUUGAGCCGAGGCCCCCAUUUGAGGAAGUAGUUUGUCGUCGUAGUUUGGACACAUUAUCGGUACCACAGACUCCCUUUUUGAACCAGCGCAUUAUGAGUAGAAUGUGAGCGGAAAAUUGGGGGAGUAUCAACAAGGCGCUGGACCCCCAAAUGUGGCCAUUUAUUUGGGGGAGACGACUCCGCACCGCCUUUUAUCUUCAAGUGCUUGUGGCUCCGUCCCCCGCAUGUAAAUACGAUGACGACGCGACAACAAAAUGACGACACAGAUAUAUUGGAGAGGAACGGAGCUCCGUUAGCUGGAUAUAUGUGCACAUAUUUGUCGCUCGCGCGUAGACCAAGUGAGCUUUAUUUUUGUCCCAGGUGCAACAAAAGGGACGCCCUUAUUUAUUGAUGACCUACUUAUGCUACAAU